AUGAGCAAAAAACAAGCAGGCAUUAGACCUUCUGAAUAUAAAAAGAAGGGACCAGCAAAACCAUUGAUUGACAAGAUACCAUCAUCUUCGGACGCGAUUCCUGAAGAUGAAAAGCUUCGUUUGAUUAACGAAACAGGACUCUUACAAAAAGUCAAGAAACGAGAAGCCGAACUGGAACAACAAUCAACCAGUACAUCAGAGUAUAUAUGGCAGGCCAUCUUUUUAAGUAUUCCAUUUGCCUUUUUGAUGGGCACAUUUGAUGUCACUGUCAAGGUUCAAUUCAGUGAAUCAUGGGAUUAUGCUAGUCUCUUUAUGAAAUGUGCUAAAGCAGCACCAGCCUUGGCUCCAGUGAUUUAUUUGACAAAUCGAUACAAGUCAAAAAAGACAACACAGUUCUUCAUGGCACUAGGCUCCACUGUAAUUGGUGCUUUUUUGAUGUACACCUUACACCGUUCUCCCUCCAUGGGCCAAAUGAUGCGUGCACCUGGAUUAGCUACCAUUUGGAUUUAUUUUAUUGUACAACUUGACCUUUUACCAGCCAUGAUGACAUUGUUACUUGUAUUUGUUUAUUGGUUUUUUGGUUUACGUGUUGUUUAA